AUGGCAGAAGCAAUCAGCGGCAUCGCUGGUGGCCUUCAAGGCUCAGUCGGUGGCAUGCUGAACCAGGGUUCGGCAUGGUUGGACAGCAUAUUCCCACCAGAGAAGCGGAACGAGCUCAUGGCCAGAAUAUCCAAGUUUGCGACUGAGAAGCCCAUGCUGGCUUCAUUCAUAGCAUCCCAGAUCGCCCUCACCGGCUUUCCUCUCGGCCUCUUCAUCGUCAUGACCAUCACCGUCGUCGUCUUCGCCUUGCUCGCAGGCUUGAUCAUUGGUCUCGUUGGCGCCGUCCUCUUCAUCGUCGUCUGUGUCGGCUUCGCUCUCAUCAUACUCCUACCUACUUUGUUCCUCACCACGGCAGGAGCGACGUUCAUCUGGUUAUGGGGCAUGGGCGGGUAUUAUAUUCUCAAGAAAUUCAACAAAAAAGAGAUUCCGGGCAUCCAUACCGAUCUGAAAGGGGGACCUGGUGGGUUGAAGGAACAGCUAGGUUCCAUUACAGGUCAGGGUGGACCUCAAGGCGACCCAAGUGGAGAAGAGAAACAGGCGGAGGGUGGUGCCAAAGAGAAUGGCAAGCCGAAAGAAGUCAACGGGGGCCCAAAGCAUCCCGGUGGAUACACGAAAGGUGGAGCAACGAAGCAUAUGAACGGUGCGGCGGACAAAGUUGGCAGUGCUGGAAAGGCCAGCGGCGUGGAUGUGGGCAACCCGAAGGAGGCCGCUGAUGUUGGCAAGCACGCUGGGAAAGUCACGAAUGCUGCGCAGGGCGUGAAAGGAGGUGUUUCGGGGGCUACAGGGCUUGGGUGA